GAUUUUGUUUUGUUUUGUUUUUUCCGUUUUCGAAUUCAGUUUCUGAUCACAAAAAGCAUAAAGCUCUAACGUUCUCGCGUCGUCGCGUAUCUCGGAGACUUUAUUACCGUAUCUAAAGACUUCAAAAUAAAGCAAUCUUUCUCCCUUUUUUUCUUAUAUAUUUAUAUUUUGGCUCAAGUUCGAAACCAUCGUAAUGCCGUUUCACACGAAGAUCCAACCGAUAGACUUGUCGGAAGAUCUACCGACGAUGAAGCAAAUGCCGAAGUCGCGUUUGAAGCGUCUCUUCGAGCGUCAGUUCAGUAUCAAGAACGCCACGGUCGGCGAUUUCGACGCGCCGCCGCUUUCUAGAGGCAACUCCGGAGAUUUCGAGCCGAGUUCCGUCUGCUUGGCGAAGAUGGUUGUGAACUUCAUCGAGGAUAACAAGGAGGAGGAGGAGAAACAGAGGUGCGGUCGUAGCCGGUGUAGCUGCUUUACCGGGAGUGGAACAGAGAGCUCCGGCGAUGAAUCCGAAUGGUCGGAUGAUGUCAAGUGUUCGUCUGGUGAAGCUUGCGUGAGGCUCAAGAGUUUGGUUCUAUGUACGAGCAUCAGCGAGAGGAAUGUAAUGGCUGACGUGACCAAGAUUGUGGAGACAAGUAAGCGUAAAGACCAAUCUUGCUUGAAGAACCUGGUCAGUGUGUUGGUGAGGUUAGGUUACGAUGCGGCUAUAUGCAAAUCUCGUUGGGAGAAGACUCCUUCAUAUCCUACAGGGGAGUAUGAGUAUCUGGAUGUGAUUAUGGAAGGCGAAAGACUGUUGAUCGACAUUGAUUUCAAGUCCAACUUCGAGAUUGCUCGUGCGACCAAGACCUACAAGUCGAUCCUGCAAACUAUUCCUUGUAUUUUUGUAGGCAAAGCGGAUCGGUUGCAGAGGAUCAUCAUGCUUCUAUCUAAAGCGGCAAAGCAGAGUUUGAAGAAGAAAGGACUUCAUGUGCCACCGUGGAGGAGAGCUGAGUAUGUUAAAUCAAAGUGGCUGUCUACUUAUGUUCGUGGAGAGGAGAAGCAGGAAACGGUAGAUAUGUUGAGUGCAUCGGUAGGUGGUUCCAUAGUCUUUGGUGUUUGAAGAUUGUGUGGAAGCUUUUGUUAUAAUUACAUAAAAAGCCUCUAAGAGAGGUGUUGUGAGAGAUAGGAGUGUUCUGAGCCCCUUAAUAGUUUUUUUGAUAUUUAAGGGUAUGAACUGGUGAAUCACAGUGUGUCUCCCCUUGUCUUUUUGGUGUAAAGGAGACUGUGAUCAGACUCGGUGACUGUCUUUGCUUUUGUGAGACUAAUGGAUUAUAAUAAUUAAACAAUAAUUGUUGCACCUA